ACACGAAACUCUUUUUAUUAUAAAGACUCACACUGACAUCAGCACACUCACCUGCUUCUGUCUGCUGUCGUCAGUCAGCUCUCACAGUGAAACUGAGUUUACAACCCAAUAAAAACUAUAAAAGUAUUCAUAUUUAAAACUGAUGUCUACUAUGAGUCAUGGUUUCUUUCAGCACCUCAGUUCACCGUCCAUAAAAGUACUGCAGACAAACAAUGAAGCCCCAACUUUAACUUUACUAAACUAAAAUUAAAAAGUCCAUCAGUGCCUUCAUUGGUUGAUAUAUCAGAAACUGAUGGCUCACAAAUCUAAAAUUAGCUCAUAAAAGCAGACAUGUUGAUGCUAUUUAGAGAACAAACACACAUAAGCAACACUUUAAAGUCACAUUAAUCACCCUGCAUCAUCACAAGAGUUUGGACUUUUGCUGGUCAACGUUUCAGCUAAAGUGUGUUUGAUUUGUGUCAUGAAAUGAACUCUUCAUCCUCUUCCUGCUGCAUGAACACGAGUUGGAUUUAUUAAAGCACACUCUGUGUGAGCGCACACAUUAAAGACACCGACGUUUAAACCUGCUCCCAUGCAACUGCACCGCCUGCAGAAUAUAAUAUUCAGGUGAAAUGUCAGAAUACUAAAAUGCUUUGUUUCCAAUAUUACUGUAGUUAUUUUUGGGAGUGCUCAGGUUUGGAGUCGUGUAAAGGAUCCGAGGUCACCGAUGAGGGAAAGUCGCUGUCACUGUCACACUGCAUGUGCAGCUCUUAUCUGAUUUUACUUUACUUUCAUUAACCUUUGAACCAAAAACUCAGGACCGAAAAGAACGAGAAAAGAAAAAAAAAUCACACUCUCUCUCUCACACACACACACACACACACACACACACGCACACACACACACAGAGGGACUUGAGACUGCUAGAAAAAGAUGCAAACUUAAACAUUUCAAACCCACAAAACAUAUAAAAUAACUUUUAAAAAAAUAUUCAAGGCUGCAGGAAAGUAACAGACACAUACAAAUAUAAGCUCUUAUUGUGAAGUGUAAGCGGAACUUCCGUCUCCAGCUGUUGACGCAGCCGCAGUGCGCUGCAGAGACUAACAUCCGGCGGCUGCUGCCUGUUUUCGGCUGGUUUCGGGCUCUUCCGGUCAGCAUGGCGCACCUGCAGCUCCUCCGCGCGGCGGUGACGGAGCGGCUCGCGGCGGCGGCGGCGGAGAUCCUCGUGCUGGUGGAAAAAGUGAUGGUGGAGCGCGAGGACGAGCUCAUCCGCCUGUACGCACCGACGCCCGCGACUAAGAGUCCUGUCGGCGGGGACGCGCACACAGGUCCGGUCCAACACACUCAGCACCUCCAGGAGUCUGAGCCGCCGACCAUCAAGCAGGAGCAGCAGCAGGAGGAGGUGUGGGUCGCUCCUCAGGCAGCAGAGGAGGAGGAUGUUAAACCAUUCAAGCAUGAGUUGCCUGAGGAGGAGGAGGCAGCUCAGAUGGUAGAGAUAAUGAAAGAUGAAGCCCAGCCAAGCACUUCCUGUGAGGAGCCCGCUGCUCCUGCUCCUCCUCCGCAUGGUGCUCCUGCUGUUGGUGAAGGCGGUGGAGGAGGUGGGACUUUCUGCCGCUGUAAAGUUUGUGGGAUGAAGUUCAGCUACCGGGGCUCUCUGCUGAACCACGCCGAGACUCACGCUGCUGCCGAGUGCUGCCUCUGUGGCGUGUGCGGCAAGCCGCAGGCUGACCAGCUGCGCCUGCUGGAGCACCUACGGACACACCUGAAGAGCCACGUCUGCAAGUUUUGCGGGAAAAGCUUCCAGCGGCGGGUGGAGCUGAAGGUGCACACGCGCAGCCACACGGGCGAGAAGCCGUUCAGCUGCCGGCUGUGCGGGAAGCGAUUCACCCGCAAGAACAACAUGGAGAUUCACAUGAGGACACACACUGGCGAGAAGCCGUACCGCUGCACUGUCUGCGGGAAGAGCUUCAACAUCACCUCCUCCAUGAUCCGCCACGCCCGCACACACACCGGGGAGAAACCCUACAGCUGCCGCAUGUGUGGGAGGGGCUUCACAGCCAGCUCGGACAUGAAGAUCCACAUGAGGACGCACACGGGCGAGAAGCCCUACACCUGCCCCGUGUGCGGGAGGGGUUUCGCUCUCAGCACGCCACUUAAACACCAUAUGAAGCACCACACGGAGGAGCGGCCGUACUGCUGCAGCCACUGCAACCGCUGCUUCAGCGACGUGUACACACUGCGGCGCCACAUGAAGAACCACGGUGAAAGUGCGGCGUCCUGACGGGUGGCGAGGACUGUGGGCGGAAAUCACACUUCCUGUUUUUGCCACAGAUUGGGUGGUGCUGCUGAAGGGUGGUGCCACCCCGUAAAUCAGGACUUUUUUUUUUCAUUUUAUAAUAUGGAUUAUUUAUUAGGCGCUGCGGGGUCGACCGCCGCUCGCUGCCGGAUACGGACCAAUGAGAGACCAAAUGUGGAACGAGGUCACAUGGGCUCGAGGAUGCCGCAGACGGCACGGGCGUGACGUAUUUCCUGUUAAAGUUCUGGAGGCUGCGUUCACACCUGGCGCACUUUUAAACCUCCUCGCAGUCUCACGAUGAUAAAGACCUGCGUGGUUUCUGCAGCAGACCGCGGCUCAGUCCUCCUAUCACGGUUCACCUGCAGAAACACUUCUUCACACCCUCUGGUGGGCCCUGAAGGUACUGCAGGCCGGACUGAGAGCUCAUGCUCAAUAAAAAUCUCUUAAGAGUUUAAAAUUGGAAUAGAGAUUUAUAAUCUUUAACAUUCACACUUUAUAAACACAACUUUCUCCUGGAAGAAGAUUCAGUUUUGUACUCCUGUUAAUUCUUACAGGAUUUGUUGGAUGACAUCAGAUUUUUCCAUGAAAGUUUUCUUUUGAAUGCCAGAAGGACUUUUUGACUCAGGUUUUACAUUUUAGCUUAAAAAUUCCUUUAAAAAUUUACACUGAACGAAUGAAACAUCCACGGGAUGUAAACAAGUUCCUUGCUGCUGUUCCUAAAUGAUCAUUUUAUCCUGCGAGAGCGUUUUAAAGUUUUAAACGUCUCUCAAAAGACAAAAUUCCUAAAAGCACAGACACUCACAGAUCACGUGUCAGCUUUCUCUCAUUUUAUUUUUUUAUUAAAGGUGAUGCAGAAGUUUGAGACCCUAUAAAACUUUUUCAUGUGAUUUGCUUUCAUUUGGGUUUAAAGGGAACCAGAGUAAAUGUGAUGUCACCCUGAUCAGAACUGAUAGUAAUAUUUUGUUUUAUUUAAACGUUGGGAUUUUGUGUGAAAUAUAAAAAAAUAAUGCAGUGACCUCUGACCUUUUCAACAAAUAAGACAUCACUUUGUAUUUUUUAUAUUCAGAAAUCUUUUGAUGCGCAAAAAUAAGUUUAAAUAAAGUUGAUACAGGAGUUUUCACAUGGCAGCAGGCCAGAUGUUUUCAGGUGUCGCUUGAUGAGUUCACCUGCUCGGCCCUCCGUGUUUGGUUUCAUGACCUCAGGACGUCGGCGGUUAACAUUUGUGUGGUUGGUCUGGAUGACGAGAGUUAGCAACGGAAAACAUGUCAAACAUUCGGUGGGCGCAGGGAGUCGAACACUCGGUUUAGGAGGAAAAGCCCACGGAUGGAAACAUGCAUGUAGUUAUUCCAUCUUUAGUUCCUGGAGUUUUGUUUUUAUAAGACUGAAAACUGGAAAAGUAAAAGCUAACCCUGCAAUUCCUCAAACGACCACUGGAGGCUCCAUGUUAAAAUGUUUACAGUUAACACCUGUACAGAGGGGGGAGGAUGUUGUUACAGCUCACCUGUUUACAUUUAUUAAGGCUUAAGGUUUGCAUAAUUAGAGGCAUGACCCCUUUGACCAGCAGGUGGAUGGUGACACAGGCGGGUGUAGCCGCUAGCUGGGCUUCAUUUAAGCUAACCUGACCUUGGACCGUCUUUGUGGUGUUGGAACCCGAUCUUCCAAACGUGUCUCUGUCGCAUGUCUCCAGGAAACCAACAUGGCAGCCGUUGUAACACUAACGCUAAGGCUCUGUGGCGUUUACGUCCAUCUUUGUGUUACAGUCUGCUAAGAAAACAGGGGCACACGCGGACAAACUGGAAUUUAUUUAUUUAUUAUUCAAAUGUUACGUUUGGAUUUACAGGCACGUGGGCACAAACAAGAACAAACACUCGGGGUGGUUCAGGUCCUCACAGGGCUGCAGACGUGCCGCCCUGCAUGCCGCGCAGCUCACACAUCGCCGUCUGAGGCGACGUGGGGGCGGUACAAAACGAAUAAGCGGUUCAUUAUAACUUAAAAUACUGUUUAUACAUCACGUGAGCUGCACCGCCUGCAGAGCGGCCGAAUGGAUGGAGGAAGGAAAUAAAAACAGACAAAAGCCUCCCCAGCACUGGUCAGGGGAGGGGUUUUCAAAAUAAAAGCACGAUAGUCUAGUGGCAUUGGAUUUUGGAUUUGUUUUUUUUAUUCUGUUUGGGACCUGAUUUAAAAAAAAAGAAAAAAAGAAAAAA